GCAGGGGCGGCAGCAGUAGCGGCGGAGGCAGCAGUAGCGGCGGUUGCCGCUGGGAUUCGCUGUCUAGCUCCCAGACGUCACACCCUGACAGUACGGCAGCGGUGGCGACGGCGGCAGUGGCGACGGCGGCGGCAGCGGCAGCGGCGGCGGCGGCGGCGGCAGCGGCAGAGGUAGUGGCGGCGGUGCCGCCGGGCACGCUGCACGGCAGGGGCUGUGCCGUACUCGCAGCGCAGUUCUCACCCGGCGGCGGGCAGCACGUGGCGACGGCGGCGGCGGACGGAUCCGUCGCCAUUUGGUCGCUGACGGCGGCGGCGGGUGCGGCAGGUACGGCAGCAGGCGCUAGCGGCAGUGGUGGCGGCAGUGCGCGGGAGGCCCAGCUGCAGUGCGGGAGCGCCGCCACGUGUGUCGCCUGGGACGCCAGGGCGGAUAAGGUAAUGCUGGUGGGUACGGCGGGUCGCGGCAUCCUGGCCUGGCACGCCGACACGCGCCGAGUGGCGGCGGAGGUGCCGCCCGACCCCACCGUCCCAUGGGUCACUCAGCUCGGCUGCAGCCGCAACCACCCCGUCUUCAUCGUCGCCUCGGCGGCACUCGCAGCCUCCGGAACCACCUUCUCCUCCGCCUCAGCUCCCACUCCUCCUCUCUCGGCGGCUGCCCGGUCCCCUCCCCGGGCCUCCUCUCCGCCUCCCACCUCGUCCCCAACCUUCCAUCAGCCACCCCACCACUACCGCCUGCCAACCUCCCCCCUCACACAUCACACCCCGCCGUCAUCACAAUCGUUCGCUUCAUCCUCACCGCCGCCGCUGUCGGGGGGUGUUGUCGGUAUGAGCGGCGGCAGCCGCAAUGGCAGCGGCAGCAGCAGCAGUGCCGCUCCUGCCACCGGCUACCAGCACCCCAGCUGCCACCCCGGCGGCGGUGCCGCACUGAGCGGCACCGGCGGGCGACUGAGCCUGUGGAACAUGCGCGCGUUCAAGCGGGUCAGCAGCUACGGCGUGCCGCAGGACGCCACAGUCCUCAGCCUGUCUAUGAGCACCCAGGGCAGCUGGUUCGCCGCGGGUACUGCGGGCGGGUGGGUGCACCUGUACGACAGCAGCCCGGGGGGCGCACGGCCGCUGCCGCUGAGCAGCUUCAGGGCAAACGGCGGAGGCGGCGCAUCCUCAUCCUCCACCAGCUUCUCUUCCGUCCCUGUUGCCGUACAAGUGUACGACAGUAACGGCUCCGAAACCCUGCUGGCGACCUGCUGUGACGCUGUCGUACGGUUAUGGAGCCUCCGUCGGUUAGCGGAACCGUUACUUUCCGUACAACUGCCCCUUCCUGACCCUACGACUGCGGUGUACGGCAACACGUCAUCUACAGCAGGGGUGUACGACAGCGGUGAUAUCGUACGGCGGCGGUUGCCGUACAGUUGGAUUCCCCGGCUGUGUUUGUCUCCCGGGGGGGAUACGGCAGCGGUGUUGCUGGGGGGCGGGGGCCCGCAGGUGUAUGUGGUGGAUGUGGGGACUCAGGGGGCCCCUGCAGCGCCGCAGCAGCACCAGGGCGCUAGCGGCGGCGAAGGUGCCAUUGGUAGGACGGCGGAGGAGGCGGCG